GCCGGUUUUGCGUGCGUCAUUUCCCAGCCGGAAGAAGGUGAAAGGAGCCAAAUUUGAUUUUUGCAACCUAAUACCAUCAUGCCUAUCCGUGCCCAUUGUACCAUCUGUUCUGAUUUCUUUGACAAUAAGGCUGAUGUUGCAGCUAUUCACUGUGGACAUACUUUCCACCAUUUGUGUCUCAUCCAAUGGUUUGAUACUGCACCAAGUCGGACCUGUCCACAGUGCAGAAUCCAGGUUGGAAAAAGACACAUAAUCAACAAAUUGUUUUUUGAUGUUGCCCUAGAGGAGCAGUCAGAACUGGAUGCAGAAAGUCUACAGAAUGAACUAGAUAGGGUGAAAGCUCAGCUCUCCAUGAAAGAGAAAGAAAAACGAGAUUGUCAAUGUAUUGUAAAUUCAUUGAGAGAGACUCUGGAUCUACGUAACGCCACUAUAGAAUCACUCCAGAAAACUGUUUCUGACGUGGAAAUGCUGUGUUCUACACUCAAGAAACAAAUGAGAUAUUUAGAACAGGAACAAGAAGAAACAAAGAGUGCAAAAGAAGAAACUCAAAAAUUACGAAGGAAGGUGAAAUCUAUGGAGAGAAUUGAGGCACUGUUGCAGGGUCAGCGUUCCCAAGUAGAAGAGAUGAUCCGUGACAUGGGAGCAGGGCAAGCAGCAGUGGAACAGCUUGCAGUCUAUUGCAUCUCUCUGAAAAAUUGUGGCUCUUUCAGGGAGUAUGAAAGUCUGAAGGAGUCCCAGAAAGCAUCAAACGAUACAGUCGAAAAAUUGAGAAAGGAGUUGUUUUCUGCUAAUCAUAAGCUCCAGAAAAUUGUUCUAGAGUUGGGGAAAACAACUGAAGAACUGAGAAAUACACAGACAGAUCUGAGAAAUGCAGAUAAGGAGAUUAUGAGUUUGAAAAAAAAGAUAGGAGUGCUACAAGAUACCAUAAAAGUGCCAUCAUUAACUAGUGAAGCAGUUAGCCGGCUCGUCUCUGAAAGCCCUGCUCCUGCACAGUUUCUGAAUCCAAAGUUUCAUCAACCUGUUCACAAUGAUGAGAUUGACCUUAAUGCUACCUUUGAUGUAGAUACUCCAAAGCUUCACAAGACAGCUGUUGCUCCUGCCAAAAAAAUCAAGCUAGAUAAAAACCCGGCAUCUGUGACAAAUUUAUCAAGAGUUCUGAAAGGAACAAUGGAGAACUGCUCUACUGACACAGAUGAUGAGCAUCUAGAAGAUCUUUUACCUUCUUUUAUAAGAAAGUCAGUCCUGACUAAGAAAACUGUUCUAAAAAGCAUACCCCAGAAAAAUACAGGAAUUGUAAGAAUUGGGUAUGAUGGCUUAGGAGGCAGAACCAAGUUCAUUCAGCCUACUUUUCCAACAGAGAUUCGGCCCCUGACUAUGAAAAGCAAGAAAAGAACUGUUUCAAAGCAAACAGAAAUAAUACCUUCUGCUUCUGGCAUCAAUCAGACUAAACUAGACAACUUCCUUAAGUAAAUAUGGAUCUCCUCAGAGUAAGCACUGAACCUGGAUCAUCUUCUACAUUGGCUACCAUAGAUGUGUCAGCACAAGUGCAAGUGAAGACUGCUGGUCUCCCUAUUGUUCUUUAGUCAUCAGCUGAUUUAUUAUGCUGAUGUAUUAUUUAUUAUCUUUGGGCAGGAUGGAAUUGAAGUUUCAGUUCUAAAAUCCUUUAGCCAGUUUUUCUAGGUUACUGCUCUACUCCUUAUAAAUUAUGAUUUGGGAGUAUUAAUUUAUAUUAAGCUAACCAACAGCUCUGUUUGCAAAUGAAUUAUCCACAUCUUCAUACUUCAUAUUAGAAGAGAAUUCUCUCUUCAGCUGUCAAGCUGUGUUAGUGUCUUGAAUGAUGAAGAAAAGAAAUAUUCAAGAAAAGAACUUCAUUUAUAUCUUUUGCCUAUAGAUAUGAAGGAUUGGGGGAAAGAGCAAUAGGCCUAGAGGAGUGUUUUUUCUGAUCCAUAUUUCUGUUUCAUUGCCUAUAUUCCAACACACAAUCCAAUGUGCUUCAUAGUCUUAAUUCCUAUUUUCAAAAGGGUUUUGGAGUGUGAAUGUAAGAUCUGUUUAAACAAUUUACAGCAGCUGUGACUAUUUCCUGGGCCUGUUCAUCAGUUGCACAAUCCAAGGAAAAGAUGGAACUGCUUUAAAGUGUUGCAAAUGGAGCUACAUUUGCACUCCAGGGCUCUCCAAAGCACAUUUGGAGAUCAAAUUCAAAGUGCUUCACUGUUAGGAAGUAUAUAAAUUAUACAGGGAUGUCUUUGAAGAUACUUGUUUUCACUAUUUGGGCCUCUUGUUUUUUGUUUCCUUAUGAAACUGACUGUAAAAGAAGGUGCUACUUAGACCAUAAUGUUUUCUUUUGCCUUUAUUCAGACUAAGGAGCAGAAUAAUUUCAGAGUAAAUUUGAACAAGAACAUUCAGAUAUAUUUUGCUCAGUAUAAGAAAAGGCUAGAUUCUCUGUAAUUAAUGCUGCUUAAUGCUUUAAAAUUUGGAGCAAAUCCCUUGGAAUCUACAAACUUUUUUUCCAGAUAGAGAUAUUGCUGGUCUGAGGCAAAUGUUCAGUUAUCUUUGAUACUGUAUUGGCAGGAGGCAUCUUUUAACUAAGAAUGAAUUCAAACUUUUGAUUCUGUGAAAAAAAUGUGCCUACAUUAGUCCAAAAUUAAACCACGUGUCAAACUAUGUCAUUGGUGUACCUGACCCUACAAUAAAUUAAUGAAGAGUACUUUUGUUUGAAAAUUCUAACUAAAUAUAUGAACAUGUUGAAAAAUAUUGGGUGUGUUCUAGGCUAAACUGGGGCUGGUUAGUGUGUGAUUUAGCUUACUGUGUGUGAUAGCCAGUUAACAGAACAAAGGUUACCCAAUGAUCUUUAUAGUUUAACUGAACUUUUGACCUAUCUCUUCUUGUUUUUGUUAUACAACAUAUACAUUGGUUCUAAAGGGAAAGUCAAAAGUCAAGUAGCUACUACUAAAUAUUUUAUUCCACAAAGCAAAACCAUUUGAAUCCAAGAAUCCCCUCAGAUCUCUGUAUCAAAAUUCUAGUUAAGAAUAUUUAACUCUGAGAAACUGUAAUAAGAGUUCUAUUCAUUUAUUAAAUUUUGUAUGCCAAAUGCAACAUGUUCCAGGAAAACGGUAGAGACAGAAACACAAACCCUCAACAACUUUUUCCCAAAAUAAGGUCUAAUCCAGCUUCACUGGUACUUCAGCUGAAAAUGUGGUAUAGGUGGUCCUACAUAUACAGCCACAAUUGAGCUCAAAAUUUAUGUUGCUAAGCGAGACGCUUAAGUAAAUUUUGCUCCAUUUUAUGAACUUUCUUGCCACAGUUUGUUAAGUGAAUCACUGCAGUUGUUAAGUUAGUAACACGACUGUUAAGCAAAUCUGGCUUCCUAUCAUAAAUAUAAGUCAGGUGCCAAGUGUUUGAAUUUUGAUUACGUGACCAUGAGGAUGUUACAUUGGCUAUAAGCUGCAUUGGCCAUUAGUCAUAAGUCACUUUCUGAUGUUGUAACUUUGAAUGGUCACUAAAUGAACUGUUCCAAGUCGAGGACUACCCGUAGUUGAAUCUUGGUAACUUACUUAUUUCUUCCAAUUAGUAAGUUGAGUUUUUCAGUUGCCAUUUUCCCUGUAAAUAUAUGCUUUCUAUCGGUAGGUAAUCCUAAAGGUGUUUUUUCAAAAGGCAGCUGGACUUUGUUUGUUUUUUUCUUGAAGAUGUUUCACUUUCUCAUCCAAGAAGCUUCUUCAGAUUAAAUGGUGGAGGAUAGAAGGAUUUAUAUUCUUUUCAUCUGGUCAUUAGCACUCUGAGAGUGUUGAGGUCACUUGAAGGUUUAUCUUGCCCUCAGGGUCACGUGAAUAGGCAAAUUGGUGUUGAACCUUCUUAGAACUGUUGAACGGACUGUGUUAUAAGCAGUAGAUAGGUCAUAUUGUAUCCCUCCUCUGUUGAGAGAGGGCUGUUCAAUCUUAAGGUAGAAGGACUCUUUGACCCCUCUUUCAAACCAGCAAUCCUUUCUGUCCAGAAUGUAGACUGUGAGGAAUAUAAAUCCUUCCAUCCUUCAUCAGUCAGAACUGAAGAAGCUUCUUGGAUGAGAAGUGAAAAGUCUUCAAGGAAAGUCCAGUUGCCGUUUGAAAAAGCACUUUUGGGAGAACCAUGACCUUGGGUGACUGAGAAUCUCCAUAGACAUACCUAUAGGUAAGUAUUACACCUAGAACAAAAUUCUUCUUCCUAGUUAAAACUGGGGUUAAAUUCUUAGCUAUACCAGCCUGAUCAUUAUAAGAAACCUACUAAGUUAAUGAAAGUGUUCCUUAGUUGUAUUCAUGACUUACCGAAUAAAUACUAUUUGGCUGAAAUGAUAUAAGCCAAGCCAGAGCACAAAGUAUGCCCACAGUCAUUGUGACUAUUUUGAGGAAUGCCCUCUCUUUCCCCAGUUGGUUGAAGAGAGGCGCUUCUGCACUGACCUUGUUAUUAAAUAACUUGCUUUAAUAUUUUAAAUCUCACAAACAUUCUAAAAAUAAUCCGGUUAUGAUAUAAAUAAUAAAAUUUAAAUAUUGGGAAAAGUCAUUUCUGAUGCAUCAGAAGCUUUCUAUGUUCUAGGUUUGUUUUUUUUUGCUUUGCUAUUAAUAAUACUUAAUGUUUCAGAGCAGUUAUGUUCCUUAUAGUCUAUAUGUGUUAAUGAAUAACCAGUUUAUCUCUCCCUUUUUGAUCACCCACAUCUAUAAUUGUGGUGGAUAAUAGUUUGGCUAUAUCCUCUGUUCACCAUAUAGUCUCUUUUCCUUCAGCUAUUGCAUAGUACAGAAGACAAAUUGUAAUCUCAAGGUGAUUACAAUAAAUGAAUCAUGACGACAAUAAAAUAAUCAGGAUAUGGUAUAGAUUCAUAAGUAAAUAACCAGAUAUAUUUUUAUUAUAAUACUAUUAUUGAUACAAGAGCAGGUCUGGUUUUAUUUUCAAUAAAAUGUCACCUUCUGUUUGUACUGAAUCAUCUAUCUUCAGGAAAUAUUAAAAUACCAUUGUUGGACUCAGCCA